CUCAUCUGUGCAGAGCAAUGAGUAAAGCAAUGUUUGUCAUUCCAAUAUGAAUUACACUUAAAAGGAAAUAAUAGAAGCUGAGAAAAUGGUUUCUAUCCCAAUCCCUACCAGUAGAUUUCCACAAAUGGAUUUCUUUAAAAGGUUCACAGCACAUCCUUCAUCAGUAAAUGGUACAAACAGUUCUCCUGCUUUAUUAGCUGACUUUUUGUUCUGAUCUGUGUUUUGUUUUUGACAAUUCUAUUCUCACAGAACAGUCGCUGAGGUGAUUGAUCAGAUUCAAAGACGCAUGACAACUGUGUGGCAGUAGAAAAUGGGGGAGGGUAAAGGGAGGCAGGCACGCCAGUGAGUGAGUGAGUGAGGAGAGGAGAGGACGGAGGAAGGAGGAGAGACACAGCUCCGGCAUUUGCAGAGGCACGGGAUUGGUCGAGCUGGAGGAGUGCAUCACAGCAGAGAGGGGGAGCUCUGAGGAUGCUCCACUGAGCGGGGAGGGAACACAAUCACUGGGAGUUUGCACUGGGAGCUCAGCCAUUUACAGCUAGGUCUCUGCUGCAGAAUCAUUUUCUACACCCAGGGCUCGUUUCCUCUGCAACUCCCUCUGCUUCAACCAUGAAUUAUUUGCGUCGCCGUCUUUCAGACAGCACCUUCAUCUCAAACCUGCCCAAUGGCUACAUGACAGAUCUGCAGAGGCCUGAUCCUGCCCAGGCUUCUCCAACUGCUCCCACCCCAGCUAAGUCUCCUACAACUGGGCCUGCAGCUCCAGCCCCUUCCCUUGCUCCAGAAAGGAAACCCCAGUCAUCUCAGUCCAGCAGUGCAGGAUUCUUCAGUUCCAUCACCAACGUGGUGAAGCAGACAGCUGCCUCAGCAGGAUUGGUUGAACAGACCCAAGUCACGACACCUAAGAAGUUCAAGAUUCUCCUGGUCAUUGACGAACCACAGCAGGAGUGGGCAAAGAUUUUCAGAGGGAAGAAAAUUCAUGGGGAUUAUGAGAUCAAAGUGGAGCAGGUUCAGUUCAAUGAGAUCAACAUUGUGUCUCACGCCAAUGGGACCUGCAACGUCAACAUGCAGGUUCUGAGGAACGGCACCAAGGUCAUUAGGUCAUUCAAGCCAGACUUUGUCCUCAUCCGUCAACACGCCUUCAGUAUGACCCAAAACGAAGAUUUCCGCAACCUCAUCAUUGGUCUGCAGUACGGAGGAACACCGAGCAUCAACUCCCUGGAAUCGAUCUACAACAUGUGCGACAAGCCCUGGGUGUUUGCCCAGCUCAUAAACACCUACAGGAAACUGGGAGCUGAGAAGUUCCCUCUGAUUGAGCAGACCUUUUACCCAAACUACAAGGAGAUGGUAAGCAUACCAUCAUUUCCGGUUGUUGUGAAGAUCGGACACGCCCAUUCGGGUAUGGGAAAGGUGAAGGUGGACAACCACUCAAAAUUCCAGGACAUAGCCAGCGUGGUGGCUCUGACCCAGACCUACACCACCACAGAACCUCUGGUGGACUCCAAAUACAACAUCAGGAUCCAGAAGAUCGGCCAGGACUACAAAGCCUACAUGAGGACUUCUAUUUCUGGGAACUGGAAGUCCAACACGGGCUCAGCCAUGCUGGAGCAGGUGGCCAUGACCGACAGGUAUAAGCUGUGGGUCGACACCUGCUCAGAGAUGUUUGGCGGUCUGGAUAUCUGUGCUGUCAAAGCCAUUCACGGAAAAGACGGACGAGAUUAUAUCACCGAGGUCACAGGUUCCUCCAUGCCAUUAGUGGGGGAGCACCAGGCUGAGGACAGACAGCUGAUUGCUGACAUGGUGUUGGCCAGAAUGAACCAGUUAGCAGAGAAGGAAGCAAACGCUCCCCAGAGACCCACCACCGUCCAGCCAUCCCAGGGAGCCGGGCCAAAGGGAGAGCCUGUCGGCGAACCCACCAAGAACGGCGCCGCCCCCCCACCCCAAGGCUGUCUGCAGUACAUCCUCGACUGUAAUGGUGGCGCAACAGGUCCCAAACCUGUACAGGCCAACUGAGUCACCCCGGGGGGGAAGAGGGAACGACAGUCUGUGUCUUUGGAUAACAGUGACAUCCUGUGACUGUGAGCACGGGCAGACGUGUGUGUGCGUGUGCGUGUGCGUGUGGAUACUAACAGAUCUAUAGAAUCAGACCUCAGUAACAUGAAGCUCGGUGCUGCUGAGCGCUGGCCUGGACUGUCUUUUACUCUAUGCAGUGUCAACAUGUACUGUCUAUGUCAGGGGUUGGGAACCUCCUUCCUCUCGGGAGGGAGGGGCUUAAGGGGCAUUUAAAUUUAUUUAAAAAUCUUCUGAAGGGCAACAAUCGUUUAGCAUAUGGCAAUUCAGACCCUGUCUUAACUUGUUUUUCUCCCGUCACAUCAAGCAAAUACAGACAAGGGUUAAAAACAACAGUAGCAACACAACAGUAUUCAUUAAAAACAACCCACAACUAUGGUCAACAUGUAUCUGCGGCUCCGGUUUUACUCUUUAAAGUUAUCUUUUUUUAAAACGGCUGCCUUUCAAAACACAAAACUAAAUCUACAUGUAUAAUAUUAAUAUAUCGUGCCUCCGCGCGCGCUCUAUUUUUCCCGUAAAAUCGAUAUUUAAACAACUAUAAAAGUCAAAUUGUCCGGAGCUAGCAUGCUAACAGCAGUAAUUAGCUUCUUUGCUAGUAUAACACUCACCAUAAGAUGCUCUCACGACGUUGUCGCUGUCGCUCUGUUGUCUUGUUGUACAUCCAAAGUCAACGCUUUACUUUAAAUUUCGACCAAAAAAACAAAACAAAACCAAAACACAUUUAGUCCAUUUCUUUUUAAAAAGCGCGGUUUUCCGCUUUCCUUCUUUUUUUGCCCCCAGCAGUCGCUGUGAUUGACACCUGUCAGUGACACCAUCUUAUCUCGCGAUGACGCGUGACUUCACAGGUUGUGUUUAAUGACCACGACUCUGGCUCGGACAUA